ACAGCAUAGAGCUAGCAGCAUUAACAGUUUGGAGUGGGACAGAGAGGAGAAGAUCAGGCAAAUUUUCCAGGAUGGCGUCUGCUGAUCUGAGAGAUGAGCUAAACUGCUCCAUCUGCCUGAAUAUUUACACGGAUCCUGUAACUCUGAGCUGUGGACAUAACUUCUGCCGAGCCUGCAUUAGAAAAGCACUAUAUACCCAAGAUGGAACUGGAGUUUAUAGCUGUCCUGAGUGCAGAGCAGAGUUUGAGGAACGUCCUGUUCUGCAGAGGAAUAUGAAACUGUGUAACAUUGCUGAGUGUUUCCUUACUGCUCAGCCAGAAAAAGAGGUUUCUAGGAUAUUCUGUACUUACUGCGUCCACACUCCUGUACCUGCAGCUAAGACAUGUCUGCUCUGUGAGUCUUCCCUAUGUGACGUCCACCUGAGUGUACAUAGCAAGUCUGCCGAACAUGUCUUAACUGAUCCCAUUUCUUCUCUGGAGAACAGAAAAUGUUCCAUCCACAAUGAGCUCCUGAAAUAUUACUGCCCUCAGGAUGAAAAUUGCAUCUGUGUAUCAUGUUGCGUAUUUGGAGAGCACAGAGGACACCACGUGGAGCUAAUGACUGAAGCAUUUGAGAAGAAGAAGGAGAAAUUGAGAAAUGACCUGGAGAGACUGUGUUUGAGUAAAGAUAAGUCAGAGGAAAGAGUCCAGAGUCUGCAGGAGCAGAGGAGAGUAGUGCACGAUAAAGCUUCAAGCAUAACUGAGCAUGUCACUUCCCUCUUUAUGGACAUCAGGAUGGAGCUGGAAGCUCUAGAGAAAAAAGUCCUGCGUGAAAUCUCCAGGCAGAAUGAAAAGAUUUCUUUCCAAAUCUCUGAUCUAAUCCAGCAACUACACAUAAAAAAGGAGGAGCUAUCCAGGAAGAUGUGUCAUGUUGAUAUGUUGUGUAACAUGACGGACCCAUUGAUGGUCUUAAAAGGCACCAGUAGAGUGGGCAACAAUGGUGAGAUUUGGGGUGAAGACCAAAAGAGAGAUGUUAAAAAAGUCUUUGUUGUAGAUGACUUGGAUGAAGUUUUAAUCUCUGCUACUUUGCGUGAGGCUUUAGCUGAUAUUGUAGGGGGUAUACGGAGGGGAACACCUGUACCUGAGGUUUCAGAUGUAUCACUGGACGUAAACACAGCUGCUAAUAGUGUAGUCAUAUCAGGUGACUUGAAGACAGCAUCCUGGUCAGAUAUAAGCCAAGGUCGCCCCAAAACACCAAAAAGGUUCAUAACUUUUUGUCAGGUUUUAAGCAAUGAGCACUUUUGUUCAGGACAACAUUACUGGGAGGUGGAGACCAGCGAACUGGGGAACUGGAGGGUCGGUAUGGCCUAUCCCAGCAUUGAAAGGAAAGGAGAUCAGUCCUCACUUGGAUAUAAUGACAAAUCAUGGUGUUUGCGGAUAUGUAAGAAAGAUUAUUCUGUAAUACAUGACUCAAAAGAAACUAUUUUGACUCCUGAGUCCUCCCUGAAGAAAUUAGGGAUUUACCUGGACUAUGAGGGUGGGAGACUGUCAUUUUACCAAUUGUGUAACACAAUCACACACUUACAUACCUUCCACGCCACUUUCACUGAGCCUCUUCAUCUCGCAUUUAUAGUAUGGAAAAAUGGAUGGGUUGGAAUUCGGAACUAGGAAUCAUAAACAAGUAUCUCCAAUUACCAGUUUAUUCAUCCAUGCAAGUAUCGUUUAUUCCUGAGAUACAGCAAAAUCAAACUCAUUGCAUUUUUAAACUUC